AUGGCCACCGGACCUAUUGGUCCUGAGUACACAGCCCUCGCUAUUACCUUCUCCAGCAGUCCUCUGGCGCAAGGAAUGAGACAACAACCGCAUGUGACCAGUAAAGCUAAUGUGAACGUGCAGUGGGACGAGGACGCCUCCGAUGCUUCUCUGCCUGUACGGAUCGCCUUCGUCCUGGUCGUCCACGGCCGAGCCUCGCGUCAGUUCCAGCGUCUCUUCAAAGCCAUCUACCACACCUCACACUACUACUACAUCCACGUGGACCAGAGGUCCAACUACCUCCACAGAGAGGUGGUGUCUCUGGCCAGCCGGUAUCCAAACGUGCGGGUGACUCCCUGGAGGAUGGCCACCAUCUGGGGCGGGGCCAGCCUGUUGACCAUGUACCUACGCAGCAUGGAGGACCUCCUCAGCAUGGCCGACUGGUCCUGGGACUUCUUCAUCAAUCUCAGCGCUGCAGACUACCCCAUCAGGACCAACGAGCAGCUGGUGGCUUUCCUGUCCAAAUACCGCAGCAUGAACUUCAUCAAAUCUCACGGCAGAGACAACGCACGUUUCAUCCGUAAACAGGGCCUGGACCGCCUCUUCUACGAGUGCGACACCCACAUGUGGCGUCUUGGAGAUCGAAAGAUCCCCGAGGGCAUUUCUGUGGAUGGAGGCUCUGAUUGGUUCCUGCUCAACAGGCGCUUUGUGGAUUAUGUGGUCAACUCCAGGGACGAGCUGGUCAGCAGCAUGAAGCGUUUCUACGCCUACACGCUGCUGCCCGCCGAGUCCUUCUUCCACACCGUGCUGGAGAACAGCGCCCACUGCGAGACCAUGGUGGACAACAACCUGAGGCUCACCAACUGGAACCGCAAACUGGGAUGCAAGUGCCAGUACAAGCACAUCGUGGACUGGUGCGGCUGCUCGCCCAACGACUUCAAGCCCUCAGAUCUGCCGCGCUUCCAGCAAGCGUCCAGACCCACCUUCUUCGCCCGGAAGUUUGAGGCCAGCGUCAGUCAGGAGAUCAUCAGCCAGCUGGACGCCUACCUGUUCGGAGCUCUCGCCUCGGGAACUCCGGGUCUGCAGGCCUACUGGGAGAACAUCUACGAGGCGGAGACAGACGGAGCCGCAGGCCUGUCGGACUCUGCGCUCACCCACUACCACGCCUUUGCUCGUAUGGGACUGUCCCGCGCCGCCAGCUCGCUCCAGGGACAUCCCAACGACAACAGCUGCAGGUACGUCGGCGUGAGUCACCCAGUGUCUGUGCACCUUUACUUCCUGUCCGACCAGUACCAGGGCUACCUGGUCCAUCACGUGGCUACCAACCAAGCCUCUAACCAGUUGGAAACCCUGGAGACCUGGGUAGCCGCCAAAGACCACUUCACCCUGACCAGCUCUCCACAUGCCGCUAACAGGCUCCAACACAUCCAGGUGGGGACCGACUGGGAUCCUAAGGAGCGUCUCUUCAGGAACUGGGGGCGUCUCCUGGGCCCAGAGGACGAGCCGGUGGCCGUGCAGCGCUGGAGCCGGAGCCAGAGCAACCUGACGGCUACGAUUGUCUGGAUCGACCCCACCAACGUCAUCGCCGCCACCUACGACAUCCUGGUGGACGCCUCCGCUGAGGUCACGCACUACCGGCCGCCUCUCACCUCCCCGCUGAGGCCCGGCAUGUGGACGCUGAGGGUGCUGCACCAGGACGCUCUGCGGCUGCACGGCGGACCAGCCAAGAACUCCUACAUGGAGCAGAGCUUCCACGGCCUCAACCCGGUCCUGCAGCUGCCGGUGAGCCUGGGCGCUGUCGAGGAGGCCGAGGCCAACGCCAGUCUGACGGGGGCGCCGUUGCGUCGCUGGCUGGACGGGCUGCUGGAGGGCUACUGGUCCGCCUCAGACGUCUGCUCGACGGGCCCCAGCGCCUGUCCGGUCAUGCAGCGCUGCCGCCUCACCGCGUGGAGCUCCGCCAGCCCCGAUCCAAAAUCCGAACUGAGCCUGCCCAGAGAGGACGGGCGGAUAAGGUAGCAGGCGGACGGACUGAGGGAGGAGGAGGCGAGGGAAAAUGAAGGAAAACACGGGGCUGACGUCCCGUUUGUGUCCAGUAUUUAUUUAUUUAAAGUCUGUGGGCGUGAACGGAGAGGACAGAUGGAGCAUCAGAGGGAACAGUGGGAAGAGACACUGAGGAAAAUCUUCUCCUUCAGUCCUCAUUCGGUCGGCUCUCACUUUUAUUUAGGACUACAAAGCUGUGCGUGCUCGAGUGAGUGAAAGUGUGUUAAGAGUGUUUGAAGAACUUUAUACCUCUUGUUGUACGAGUCUC